AUGGCCUCAAUUACCCAGCUUUCGUCUGACUGGCAGCUGUUGGCGACAGAAGCAAAGCGGCGCAACCCCGCGGUGCGUUCUGCGGUCGAAAAAGCACAGAAUUUGGCCAAAAAUGCCGCCUCUUCUGAUACCCUCACCCCAACCUCACCAAAUCAACAAUUAUACGCCUCCCCAUUCUUCCUAGCGUUGGAAAGUGGCAACGAUCGUUUGAUUUCCGCCUCGCUUGUACCAAUUGCGCGCUUGGUGGCGCUGAAAGCGUUGACGCAGACGCAAAUGACAAAGGUUUUGCACAUCUUGAAUGCAUUUGAUCUAGCGACCCAUAAUAUGGACACACAGCUUAAAAUCUUGCAGGUUUUGCCUUCUGCCAUGCAGAACUAUGGCUCUGGUCGCUCUUCGUUUAUACAGAUUGUAGGAAUUUGCGCCAACUUGGCCAAUUCGCCGGUAGUAGCUGUAGGAAACGCUGCACUGGCUACACUCCAGCAGAUCUUGCCUGCGCCUUUCGAACUGUUGAAAACACAUACUUCGGAUCCAGAUCUGUCGAACCAUACCCCCAUUUUCUUGCUGCAAGACGAGAAGGCCCAGCCCUUAGCCUUGGAUGAAUUGGAGUACACCUGUUAUAGAACAUUCCAGGACCUAUGUGCCAUUGUGGCGGGCGAUGACCUCGACAUCUUCGACGGAAUGGGAAUCAGCGUAUCUGCUGCCUUAGAGAACAUCGAAAGCAUUGUCUCUAUCCAUCUGGAGGUGUUUUAUCAACGCGCCGAGUUGGCAUCAUUACUUCGUCUUCAAACAGUCCCUGCGCUACUCAAGACGCUCAAUUCCUCUCCUCCAGCUGCAUAUCCUUUGGUGCUCCGUGUUCUCCGUAUAGUUCGCCUGCUAGCCAUGCGCCAGCUUCCCAAUUUGGAGAUUGAAAUGGAGGUGAUUCUUCUGUACGCAAAUCAUAUAAUUCUCAAUAGCUCUCCGCAUGGCGCAUCCACUCACCUGGGCCCAACGCUGCAAAACUUAGUUUAUCCUCAUUGGGAAAAGGUGUUGGCCAUGGAGUUGUUCAGACUGCUUUGUUCUAGUUUUGAGUGUGUCCAGUCUCUCUUCGAAACGUACGAUAACAUGCCCCAGAAAAAGAAUGUGCUCAAAGAGAUCCUCACUGUUCUCAAAACCUACUUGCUUAACAACUUUUCUUCUAUGAUUUCCAAAGCUGGCCUUGUGAUCCCUAGACCUGACUCUUCAAUUCCUGUCAUGACUAAGGUCAAUUCUCUGAUGAAAAUUUCGCUUCUUGACCACCUAGAAAAAAUUGACGCUCCAUCAUCCAUUCCAGAAUACUACUUGGCUGGAAUGUUACUCUCCAUUCUCCUUGAUAUCGCAAAUGGUGUUGCCAACUUCGUCGAAAGCAUGUCACUGAAUGUCGACUCGGAAACUAUAGAAGGAGAAGUCGAGUUCAUUACACUGUUCAACGAAACGGUCUUUUCAGACCUUUUCCAACUCUUUGACAUGUUUCUUCACUUUUCGGCGGAGACUCCGUUCUUCGUCGACACUGUAGCUUCUCUACAACGAUACACUCAUGCCGUUGGAUUGCUUGGUCUAUCAGAUUGCAGAGAUCAACUCCUUGUUCUACUCGCAAGAUGUGUCAUUGUUAACACUGCACCAGAAGCCAAGUCCGAGCAACUGAACUCGUCUAAUAUACUUUCUUUGGGCGAGUCUAUUGUCGAAACCAUUAAUCAAAAGAUCCUGACGCCGCCUUCAACUUCGACAGCCUCUUUUGAUAGUAAAUCGACGAAACGCUCUUCUUUCGAGUCUUCUCUCGGUUUGAAAUCUCGCCAGUUCAAUACCCGCCUGAUCAUCUGUCUUGGUGCACUUCUCAAUGUCACAAACUCAUUAGGAACUACUCUUGAUGCACUGUGGAAGAUUCUCUACAUUACAUUGCAAUGGGUUGAUUACUUUUUGAACGGACCCGAUGACUACAGUGGAUACAAUAAUCAAAAUGAAGUCGUGAAGAUCGGUCAUCCAAAUCUUUCUUCACAGGACUUGACCGAACUCAAGACAAUGAAAUUAAACGAGCUUUCGAAUAUCCUGAGGUACCAAGAGAGUACAGUUUUGAGGAUCUUGAAUGUAAUCAAAGAUCUAUUUACCGAAGAUAAGGGCAUUGAAGCAGGCGCUGCUGGUUUAGAGCCAUGUCCUUUCAACAGAAGCUUCUAUGUCAAGCAAAUGAUGCGUUUCACCGAGCUUGAGUACACAGAAUUUCUGUUUAGCAAAUCUGACGCCCGCCACUUCGUUUCGUCUCUAUUCAUCGAAACUGCAACGGAUAGAUCUUUGUCUACACAGUUCCGAGUCCUAAUUGCUAGGAACUAUGCUACUUUCGUUCUGCAAGUCACAUUUCGCGGAUUCAAGACAAAUGCAGAUGACUUGUAUCUUGCAGAAAACUUUCUCAAGGACCUCAUGUCAUUUUUGAAUUCUCUUGCUGCGUUAGGGAAACCCACUGAUCACUUGAUGCUCAAUUGUGAGGCUGAAAUUCGUCUCAUCGUGUUAUCUACUCUUCAUGACCAUAUUAAUGAGUAUGACAACUAUUAUCAGCAGUUCUGGGGUCUCGUUUUCGAAAUACUCAACACCGUGUUUGUUCACUCUUCGGACUCGAGCAGUGGAGAGGACCAAAAGCUUGAAGAGAAAAUUCGUCAACUGAUUCUGACCGCGUUCAACACGCUUAAACUCAUUUUGGAUGAGUUCCUCACAUCUCUUCCUCUGCAGUAUUUUAAGCCACUUAUUGACACGCUUUUGAAUUUCUGUCAGCAGAACUACGAUAUUAAUAUUUCUUUCAGUUCUGUUAGCUACUUCUGGCUUAUCAGCGACUGUAUCAACAAUAAAAUGAGCACUGUUGAUUCAGAUUCUUCUCCUCCAACGUUCCAGGAUGUUCAUGCUCUAGAACUGCUGCUUGCCGCUGAUAUCACCGAAAACUCGUAUUACAACGAGAUGCUUAACACGUAUCUCUUGGCGCGCUUAGCUAUAUUGGCUACCGACUAUAGAAGUCAAGUCAGAGAAGGUGCUAUUCAGACUUUGUUCCAAAUUCUAGAUGUGCAAGGGAAAAAACUCAAUUCAUGGGAGUCGAUCUUCAAUAUUGUUUUCCCAAGAUUGCUUGAAUGGGAUGAUCUCAAGCCAGAGAUGUCUGCGCUGAAACAAAAAGACUUCAUGGUCAGUUUGAACUUAGUCUUGUCUAACUUGGUUUUAAUUUACUCCAAAUUCAUGAUGAACUUCGACAAAGAACUGCCAAUCACUGAAAGAUAUUGGACGAGGCUCUUGACAUUUCUUUCUUCCAUGCUCCGUUUGCGCUGGUGCGAAUUGAGUCUCAAGGUAUUCCAGACGUAUCUGGAUUUGCUCAUAGCAUUCAAUUCUUCGAAAACUGUUCCAUCGCAUGUACGUGCUUCUCUCUUUGACUUCUGGAUUAAUGCCCCCAUAGAGUAUGAUUUUGUGAAUUCUUCCUAUCAAGACUCUUUGGUGGCAUAUUUAGAUGGAUUGAAACAGAUCAUUCCCCUCUUCCAGCAGGAACCCGGAGCAUUUCCAGUAUCGAAGGUAUUGAGUAACAUUAACAAGUGUGCACGGUACCCUAUUUUAAAGCCAAACCAGAAGGAUAAUGUCAAACCUACCGAGUUGCAGCGCUCAGCAAUCGAUGGCUUAAAGAUGGCCAGUGACUUAAUAAAAAGCACGGAAAUGGAAUCUAGUGUGAUUCAGCAACUCGCGCACAUCUGUGCUUAUCCCUUCGAAACGCGUAGCCGUAUCGAAGCAAAGCUCAGCAGCAAAUUCGGGGGUAGAAUUCAAAUCCCAACAUUUUUGGCCAUAAGUCAGAUGGCGUUCGAAUUGUACGAAGCAAAGUUCUCUACCUUUUCAAACAUGAAAGCGCUAUUGACUGAGAGCCGCUUGCAGAAGAUCCUCAAGAGUAUUCUCUUCCUUCUACACAAUAGAGCACAGGGAACUGUCAAAGAAGGCGCAGAGCCUUUGUGGGUCCGGUGUAACCAUGUCAUUCUAGAGCUUCUCCAUCGCUCAAUAGAUGAGUGUCUUCUGGAAUUGCAAGCACAGAGAACAGUGUGGGAGCUUAUUGUCGAGUGCAUCACGGUCAAUUUCGAGGACAGACUCGAAGAAGAAGAACAAUACAGUGUACAGCAGUACAAAAAUCUUUCUGAAAAAGUCAUUCCGGCACUUUUAGGCUGCCCUUACUCGGACCAGGUGGUCUAUUUGAUGGAGACAUUGUACAAGCAGUCGUUCUUGUAUGAUUUCACGGAGAUGGAAGCCGAGCUUUUCAGGACAGAAGACGCGUUCCAGAGUCUCUGCAGAUUCGAUUUCGACUCGAGUUUUGGCACCACGCAACCGAUUUCGAUCAAAAACAACCGUGCCAUUCGGCUAAUGUGUCUCCGGGAACUUUUCAAAUUUGCCUCUUCGCAAACUGGAGCCUCGGAAGCUGCAGCCGAAAAAUUGCUCCCGCGGGUUGCAUUUGCUGUUCGGCGCUUCAUUGCAGACAACAGACUCUUGUGUUCCAAGCCAUUGGCGCGAAUCCAACAGGUAGAAAUUCAAAUAGUCUUGGACGGCUUAGUUGAAAUCCAAGGGUCGUUGAAAGACACCGAUCGGAAGCUUUUAUCGCGGUUGAUUACCGUCUGCAUCCCUUUUGGACAUAGAGUUGAUGGUGUUGACGGUUUAUUAGAGACACUCGUUCUGCUGGCGCUUACCAUCUGA